AUGGAACUAGCCUCAUUGGUCAGCGUGGAAGACGGAACGGUGGACAUCUUGGAAUUUUGGCCACCGGCCUCAGAGGGAGACGCCGAGGGAAUGCGGGCAGCUGGAGGGGACGGCGUCGGGCCUUCGACCCUUGUCCAAGCAAAUCCCGUUGCUUGGUCCGAGAGUGGGGAAUGGGUCAGCCCCGAAGACCUCUCCGCUGUCCACGCUGUGAUCGUGGAUUUGCAGGCUGCAAUGGCCGAGUCCUUAGCGCCAGCCGAUGUUCUGUCUGUCGAGGCCACUCCCUUCGACGCCUUGCGACCUUUAGUGUUCCCCGUCGCCACAGAAGUGCUUGCCAAAAGAGUGGGUGGCCUCUGCCCUGAGCGAGGCCGCGUGCCCCGGCCCGCAAAGGCCAAACGGCCCACUGUGACCGCCCUUGCCCAGCCGCCUGGCCUCAGCGGACUUGUUCAGACCGACCUUUUGUCAGUUCUGGACCCUGCCGUUGUCCAAAGCGCUCGCAUGGCCGGGGUGCCAGAGGCCCACCUGGUCGAGAUGGCGAGACUGACGUCACUCAACAAGGGCCGCCUGAGCGAGGGCGCCAAGCCGGCCAAGCCUCGAGUCAUGAGGGCUGGCCCGCUGGACGAGUCAGGCGACGAGGCAGAGGUGGACGUCGAAGUGCCCGUCGCUCCGGAGCCUGCAGACCAAGUGGCCUUUGCCACACACAAGUUGACAGCGAUUGCCGAAAGCCUGACGGCGUCGAAGCGAAAGCCGGAAACUCUGGAAGCUUUGCUGGACGAGCCAGCGUCUGGCUCCGCCGAGUCUGGCUCUGUGGCUGCAACUGGCGGCCGACGCAACGCGGCAGCUCUGCGAGUGCUCAAGCAAUCCCUCCGGGACCGACCCAAGGAGCUGGCGGAUGGCAUCCUCCGGCGCAUGGCCGAAGCCGGGUCUUCAGUGGUACGGAUCCUCAGUGGCAUAGCAGAUGCCCUCAAAGCUCAGAGAUACGACGAGGGGCUUGCCAGAGCUCUGGUUGGUCUAGCGGCCACGGAGCAGGUCUCCUUGGACCGAGGCCUCCUGCGCCAGGAAACGACGACUGCGCCCGAGAAAACCGCAGAGGUAACAGACGAGGGCAAGGGGUCGCCAGCAGACAUCAUCGAGGAUCCCUCUCCCGUCGCCGCCGUGCGACUUGUCGAGCUGUAUUUGGUUGUAGCUGUUCUUAGUUGGUUUAGUCUAGGACAGCCUGCCACCUGCCCGCCGCACCUCGCGCUGGGCCAACCCUUGACUGGAGAGCAGAGGGGCAUUGUCCGCCGCCUGGAAACCAAAGUGCGAGUACUUGUCCUGCAUCCUGAAGUAGGACCUGCCGAGAUGGGCCGUGCUGCGGCCAAAGUCGAGAGCGUCGAAGCAGAAUUGGAGAGGCUUAAGGUGGGGAGCGCCGCUUUUCUGCUUGAAGACCCCUCUGCGGAGCCCUUCCUAGAUUGGGAGAGCCGAGCGCACUACGAAAGGCCUGCAGACUGGAUGAAGCCUCCAGGACAGGUGCAAGGUCCCCUGCGCAGGCCUCAGUUCAAAGCUUCUCGUUCGGAGAAGCUGGCCGUGCUGCGUAUGCUCGACUCCAGUGACCGUCUGGCCUUUUACCCGGCCUCGGCUUUCGACAGCCGCUUCACCAACGGGCUUUUCGCCAUCAUCAAAAAUCAAAGCAAAGAUAGAAUGAUACUAGAUGCUCGGUGUCAGAAUAUGCGCGAAUCAGCCACCGGCCGUUGGCUCCGCACUCUGGCCAACUUCAGCAGUUUGCUGACCCUCAGCCUUCGCCCUGACGAAGUCUUAAUAAUGGGGGGAGAGGAUUUGAAGGAUUACUACUACUAUUUCGCUGUGAGCGAUCAGAGGGCUCAGAGGAAUGUGCUGUCGGGAUCCCUGCCGGCCAGCGAGGCUCGACUCUUCUCCUGCUUCGAAGCUGCCGAGAAAGGCCACUCUCGAUACUAUGCUGCCCUUAAAACGCUUGCCAUGGGCGACCUCAAUGCUGUGAGCUAUGGCCAGACCAGCCAUGUCGCCAUGCUGUUGCAGACCGGGGAGGUCAGUCUUGCUGAACUGCUGACCCUGGACAGUAGGCCCAGCCGGGCUUCCCUUAUGGCAGGCAUCUGCAUCGACGAUUUCGUAGUGCUCGAAAAAGCAAAGCGUGACGCUCCGCAGGGUGAGCAAGGGAGACGCUCAGCUGGACUUCUGGCAGCAAUGCGGGGUCAGUACGGCCGAGCCGGCCUUGCCAGGAGCCCUGACAAGGCCUUUGAGAAGCAGACCAAAGCCAGUUUUUGGGGCGCUACUGUUGAUGGCCUGAGCGGUGACAUCAGGGCUAACCCUGCCCGAGCAUUGCCUGUCAUUGCUUACGUGUGUGACAUAGCCAAACUGGGAGUUGCCACACGGGCGCUCCUCGAGAUAGCUGCAGGGAGCCUCGUUAGCCUGCUCUCUUUCCGCAGAAGGCUCCUCUCAUGCCUCGAGCUUGUUUACACUGAAGGUCGGGCCCUGCCAAGGCAUCAAGUGUUCAAACUCAGCGACCGGCUCAGGGACGAGCUUUGGGCUAGCGCCAUACUCGUUGCCGCCGCCUCUACCAACAUGAGGGCCCGGCGCGCUGAGGUUCUUUAUGCUACCGAUGCUUCGCUUGAGUGGGAAGCCCGCCGCCGCCUCGAAGACAGGGCAGGGCGUGGUUGUCAGACCGCAACUCACCCGCCCCCGGUUAGAGCAGUGGCGACCAAUCCCGACACACCGGUCGAUCAGCGCAACACCAGAACGGCUACGCAGCUGCUGGCCGUCUGUUCGAGGGCCUUCCGACCUCAGCUGGCCCUACCCGCAGUCCCGGAGUUAGAGGGUUGCUCCGGACCUGGAUACCUUGACCUGUUUUGCGGAAGCUACGGGGUCGCUCGAGCCAUUGCCAAACAAACCUCGACCUGGGUGUUGACGUUUGAGGUCUGCCGAGACGCCUCAGAGGAUCUGCGAGCGCCUGCUGUGCAGGUGGCUCUGUUGCAUCUCAUCUCGUGCGGGGCCUUCCUCGGAGUCGGGGGUGGGCCCGACUGCACUAGCAUGAGCCGAGCUGUGCAUCCACCUGUGCGUUCGAAAGAGUUCCCUCAGGGAGUGCCUGACUGCAGGGGGGCGAUGCAGGAGAAGGUUCGAGUUGGGAACGAGCACUCUCGCUUCGCGGCGCGAGUAGUCGAGGCCGCUGUCAAUGUUGGCGUCCCGUUCUGGAUCGAAAAUCCUUGCUCCUCUUUCUUGUGGCAGCAACGAGAGUGGCAAGCCAUCUUAGCCAGUGAGCCGUCUUGUGGAAGUUUCUUCACCUACGAUUGCUGCCGCUUUGGCUGCGCUUGGAGGAAACGCACUCGGGUGUUUACCAGCACAGCGCUAGCAGGUCAACGAGUGCGAUGCGAGUGCUGUGCCAAGCACCCUACUCUCAGAGGGUACUGCAAACAUUCUGGCAGAUCUUGGACUAAAGUUGCAGGGCCUUACCCUCGGCCUGUUAACCACCUGCUUGCAGCCGCCUUGGUCGAGGCAACUAAGCCUUGUCGCCAACGCAGGCGGAUUGAUGCCGCUUCGUUCUGCCUCGGAGGCCUUGUGCGAGUGGGGGAGGCUACGAAGCCAGGUCCUUUCCAACGGGCCCAAAACCUUGACCAAGUCCUGCUUGUGACUGAACGCACUAGAGGGCUGCAAGACAGGCUUCUUCAGGGAUUUCAGGGCUGGCUUAAGGCUAAUUUCAGCGCUGGGGCUCUCCGCAGCUUAGACUCCUGUGCCAUGGUGUUUUGCGCCGUCCUCCGCGAAUAUGGUCAUCACCUAUACCGGGAAGGCGAGCCGAUCUACAAGUGGAGGCACCUCUGCGCUUACUUCCAGAAGAACAGGUUCGCAGUGAGGCCGUACAUGCCCAUGUGCUGGGAUCUGUUGACACGCUGGGAGGCCUUACAACCUACAGUUCACAGGGUGCCAACGCCUGUCAAGGUGCUGAAGGCUAUGUUGAGCCUCGCGCUCGCUUGGGGAUGGGUCCGGUUCACCAUCGUGACUGGCUUGUCCUUCUUUGGUGUAGCAAGGAUCGGAGAGCCGCUCCGAGCCCUACGACGAUCUGUUCUCCUUCCGAGCGACGUACUGGAGGCUGACUUAGGUGCUUGCUUCGUGCGAGUAGAGGCUCCCAAGACCGCGGGGCGCGGCGCGGAGCCGGGCGUGUUCAACAUUUCGUUUGCAGGGAGGCCCCGUUCGUCAAGUUCCUGGAGGUUGUGA